UCGUAGCUGUGCCAUCAUCGGUAGGUAGUGGAAUAUACAAAAAAAAAAAAAAAAAGAAAAAAAAGAGAAUAAAAAUCUUUUUUCCUUGUAAUUGGAACACUUCUUCAAAAAGGUAUAAAAAAGAAAAAAAAGCACAAAACACAAAACUGAAAAAAGAAAAAGUCACUGUGCAGUAGCAGUCUUCUAAUCUUCAGUAACAACACAAAUAAAAUCGUUGACGUAGAUUUUUGCAAACAAAAAAAAAACUAUUUUUCUUUAAACGCCUAAGUUAGCGUCGAAAAUAAAAACUACAUUCUUAUCAGAACGAGUUAGCUAUAGUUGGCACCUAUUGCACAAGCAGAAGGGAUAUUGAGAGCCGACAGCAAAAUGGAUAAAAUGGAUCCAGCUUUAGAGCAACAAUUCGAUUUGAAUUUAAUAGAAGCGGUUAAAAUGAAUCCGGUCAUUUAUGAUCGUUCGCAUUUUAAUUAUAAGCAUUUUGUUAGGAAAGCUCAAACAUGGAAGCAAAUUGCCGAAUCAUUGGGUGUUCCAGAACAAAAAUGUACCAAACGUUGGAAGAGCUUACGCGAUAAAUUCGCCAGAGAGUUGAAAAUUAGUCAGGAUUCGAGAUGGCGUUAUUUCAAACAGAUGUCGUUUUUAAUGGACUCAAUAAGACAAUAUCGUGAAUCAUUGCUGGGGAAAGUAAAUGCAGCGGCAUCUAUACCAGCGCAAACUACCAACACAGUAACUGCUCAAGUGGAGGCGACACCACAAAAUCAUCACCAACAAACGACACAGCAACAGGUCGUUGACAUAUUUACGACACCAUUUAACGGUAGUGCCACCAUAACAACUCAGGCUCUAACACAUCCACAUGCGAUUGUUGUAACUGGUGACACCCAAUUGGCGACCACUAGUGCGACGAAAGACCAAAAAACCUAUUAUUAUGAGCCCGCUUUGAAACGUGAACGUCCUGGUGAAGAGGAACAGCAACAACAGCAGCAACAACAGCAACAUCACAAUGAUAACAUGCUUGGUUCAAUAAAAAUUUUUCAGAAUUCAAUAAAUCAAGGUGUCAGCGCUGAAGAUCAAUCCUUUGGUAUGGUUGUAACCGAUAUGUUAAAUACGCUGGGCGUACGACAAAAAGCCGAAGCCAAAGUACAUAUUAUCAAAUAUUUAACUGAUAUGCAGCUGCUGGCCCAGCAUAAUAAAUACUGAAAAAUCAUCAAUGCAA